AUGGAGGCACGGAACAUGGCCCACUUGGACUCAAUGUCCCCUGCCUCCUCCGGUACGUGGUUGAAGCUCUCCCGAAGUGAAAACGAGGUGGAGGAGCUCAGGAACGAGGUGGUGAAGCUGAAGAUAGAGAGUGCAGAUAUGAUGGCCAGAUUGAAAAUCAGUGAAAACGAGGUGGAGGAGCUCAAGAGACAGAAUGCAGACCAACCAAAGGUGGCGUUCUCACUUGGUCUCACUGACAGCGGACGUAUUGGACCCUUCAAUACUGACAUCACACUUAAGUUCAGUAAAGUCAUCACCAACUUUGGUCAGGUCUACAGUCCAUCUACAGGUCUCUUCACAGCCCCAGUCAGAGGAGCCUACUACUUCUCAUUCACUACAAUGGAUAUCCGGGCUAGUGUAACCAGGCGUAUUUUUCUCUAUCACAAUGACAAGAGAGUGUUGUACAGUCAUAAUUACAAUGCAAAUGGCUACGAUACUGUUUCUAAUUCACUGGUUCUUCAGCUGGAAAAGGGGGAUGUGGUCUACCUGGUUUUACCUGCUGGCCAGAGUGUAUUCGAUGAUGGUAAUGAUUAUACUUUCUUUAAUGGAUUUCUGCUUUUUCCACUGUGAGACUCAAACAUGAGAAUUGAUUUACCCCCAAAUGUUUGGCAUAGUGUAUAAACAAGUCAUACAGUAUUCAUGUGUAUAUGAAAGGAUGCACAUUGUUGCUGUGUUGACUUUGCUCUGCAACAAACUACAUAUGAAAUAAAAGAAUGAAUAUGAGGUUAAA